AUCACCCCCUACCCUCCCCGCGCUCUCCCUCCGCCGGGUCGAUGUCACGCUCCUCCUCUCUCCGCCGCCGCGCCGUGCCCCGCCCCGCCGCCCGCGCUCCCCUCCCCACCCCUCGCUCCCUCGGCUGAGCCCCGGCGCACGGCUCCACGCCAGCCCGAGGCUCGGGCCGCGGCGGCAGGCCUCGGCCUCUGAUUUCUCUUUAAACCACCAGCCUCCUCCCCUCACCCCCUCGCUUUGUUUCGGCAAAUUGCAAUAAAGUCGGGCGGCGGGUGGCCAUGAAAAGCUGCUUCUGUGUCAGACGGAGGGACGAGCUGCCGCAGCUAACAAGUCGUUCAAUGAUGCCUGAAAUAUGGGAUCUGUCUGAAGCUUUGCCAGAUCUGUCCAUGGAUCCAAUUACGGGUGUUGGAGUGGUUGCAUCACGGUAUCGGGCACCUGCCAGUUAUGAAGUAAUUUCGCUAACAGCAGAUGGCUUGGAUGCUGACCUCUGGAAGGACGGCUUAUUUAAAUCUAAGGUCACUAGAUAUCUCUGUUUUACGAGAUCAUUUUCUAAGGAAAACAGCCAUUUAGGGAAUGUGCUAGUGGAUAUGAAGCUGAUCGAUUUAAAGGAUACUUUACCGGUGGGCUUUAUCCCUAUUCAGGAAACAGUGGACACACAAGAGCCAGCUUUCAGGAAGAGAAGGUUGUGCAUCAAAUUUAUUCCUCGUGACUCGACUGAAGCUGCCAUUUGUGAUGUAAAAAUCUUUGGCAAAUCCAAGCAGGCCCCCCCACAAUAUACCUUCAUUGGAGAAUUGAACAAUAUGGGAAUCUGGUACAGAAUGGGAAAAGUUCCAAGGACGCAAGAAAUCCUAACCUCAGCCACAGCAGCGACAACGACAGCAUCUGUAGCCCUGACGUCAUCUUCACCGACACCUGCUCCUAACCUUCCCAGGCACAUAUCUCUGACACUUCCUGCCAGUUUCCGAAAUAAGAUGCAUGGUACCAGACCAGACUUUGAACACCAGACCUCCAGCCUAUAUGCCAUAUCAGCAAUGGAUGGCGUGCCUUUCACGAUUUCAGAGAAAUUCGCAAGUGCAAUAGAAGCUGUGCAGCCAGAUGAUUUAAUGGGCAUAACAAUCAAAUCGUUGGCUGAAAUAGAAAGGGAAAUAUUGGAACAUGUAAAGGAAAAAGCUCUCUAUGUGCGUUCAGCUAGCAUAAAUACGAUUACAGCUUUAGAACAGAACAGAGUGCGGCUGCUCGUCUCCCACCAAGUCCCGCAAAAUGCCUGCAGUCACAGAUGUCCUGAAGACUGAUCUUGUUGGGGCUGGUGUAAAAUUUUGGGACAGAUAACUACUGGAACAAGCCACCAUCAGAAGCAGCGUUGUUGGAGAUUUUGUGUUAUGUACCUUCUACUGAAAUAGCAGCCUUGUACUGGCAAAACGGACAGUAUUUCCAAUAACCAACAAUCUACCUACAACUUCACCUUUUCUACAUGGACUUUUGUAAAUAGUGGUUAACGCAAUCCUUAAUUUCUGAUCUUCAGCCCUCGGACAUGAUUAACCUGUUACUAAGCAAAGGCUGGGCGUUUUUGCUUUCGUGAGCCAUAGUUUACUUCUUUUCAUUGUUUCUUUCACCUGAAUAUUUUGCACACUUUAGAAAUCCUACUAGAACAGUCCCUUUCACAAUCUGUGCAGAAUUUUGAUUAAUAUAUAAUCAGACAUUUCUUGUAAAACAGUAUACAAAAUUAGAAGUACUUUUUAAACUGAAAAAAAAACUUGGAAAUACCAUGACAUAGCUGCUUUAUUUACUAAUAAUUCAAACUUCUAUCCCAAAAUACUGAAUGAUAUUUAAGCCUGAAUUUAGCAAAGUCAAUGUAUUGUUUUUUCCGUGCAGGUCAGUGAACGGGGAAUUGGAGACGCUCACAGGUAUUGGUUGUCUUACGAUGUGCCGAAAUACAUGAGCGUUCUCACAUUGUUUUAUUUCCAUUGGUCCUCUAAUCCAAGACUGCUCUCCACUCUUUAUGGUUUGUGGUUUAAUCCGUGCUUGCUCUCUUUAUUUCUUCCCCUGAAUUCUUCAAGGCUGUCAGAUUUUCUGUCAGAGUUAAUGUGAUACCAGAAAUCCAAGUUGGACAAAAUUCCAGCAGAUUUUCGGUGCUGUUACUAAAGUAUUUUUCUCUUUUUAUUCCCCCAGUUUUCCGUUGAGAUUCUCAUUAUCUCCAGCAAAACCUUCCAGCCUGUAAAUUCUUUCACCGUACUUUUUUUAAAAAAUGUUGUUUUGAGAAAACAGUAUUAGUUAUGUGGUAAUUGGUGAAUGAGAAUUAAAACAGGAUCUUCCUCAUUGUUACUUUAUCAACCUGGGGCAUUUGUCCUAUCUGAAUGCAUUAUUUGAUUAUAGUCUUUCUACACUUGCAUAAAGUAUGAUUCUGUGAUUGUAAUCUGAGUGAAAAGUAUAGGUUUGUCAAAUGCACUGAAUUUGCUUUGCACUGCAUUUUGGUUUAAUAUUUUGGGCUCUCUUUAUAACAUGCAUUUUGUUUUUCAAAAUUCCUUCUUUUUGUCUUGUUUGGAACUCUUAACACCGUGGAAAUGUUGUGUUAUAAGGCCUUGCUGUUGUCUUUUUCUUCAAUGGCAACGCUUUGCUUACCAGCCUUUAUCUCAACGCUGCUGCCUCUUUGCAGUCUGUAGCAGGAAAAGUCGACGUUCAGUCCGAAGCAUGCAGCAGACACCAGAACUUAGGGUUGCAGUGGACAGCAGCUGAUGAACAAAGUAGACACAUGCUGGCUGGUUUAUACUUAGCCUGUAGCUGUUAUAUAUAGCGAUUUUUUUUUUCCCCAUCCUUCCCACCAGCACCACCCUGCUCCCCCGCCCCUCGACGACUUCAUGCCCAGUGCAAACCAAAUACUGCCAUUGUCAGAUCGGUUUUGUGGGUCGAGCUGAAUAGUUGUCAGUGCUUUAGAACUGCAUGUCUGUAACUGUGUGUGGGGAAACUUAUUUAGGAUAGUGCCUCAUAACCCGUGGUGUAAAACAAGUAUUCUGACUCGGCACAGUAUGCUUAAGCUAAGUGUUUCAAAGCCUUGGAACAGUUGAUUUUUCAGUCCUGCAUGAGCUGUGUCCUUAAUUCUUUAGUAUAAGGAAGCGGAGCUACAUUUCCUGUGUCUAUUUUGUCGAGAUUACACAAAGCACCCGAAAAGACAUUUUAUUUUCAUAUUGACUGCAUCUUACAAUAUGGAGGAGCUUAAUGAUGCAAUGGUAGUUUGUUACUGAAGGAGGAAACUUUGUGUAAAACAGCUGAGUACUUUAAAUAUGAUCAGCCAUCUUCAUUUCACUCACUUGUGUUUAUUUUAAUUAAAACAUAACAACAUGAGACAUUUAAAGUGUAGAAAUUCCACCCAAAUACUACAACUUCUUUAAAAAUAUUUGGAAAAACUUUUAACUUUCUUAACAGCUGAUUUUUAAUUAUGUUGGAGAUUUAAACCACUGUUUUGAAAAACUUAGAAAUAAAACUUUUGCUGUAUUUAUUGUAAACUUGUCUCUGUACUUGCAGACAAAGUUUUACAAUUUGGUUUAUAGCGUCUGUAUUAAUGUAACUUGUUAAAUAAAAUAUCCAUUUUA